CAAAUUUACAAACUUUACAUUUCACCUCAUUCCUAUGUUGAGUGGUCUAGUCUGCCCAGUUGUCGACGGUAUACGCAGUGAGGCGGUCCUGAUCAGGGUUUCUAAAAAAAGAAGAAGUGGUCUUUUAGUUAGUUUUGUUGUAUUAUUUCUGAAUCUACAUUGGUUUAUUAACUUCUAACUCAAACUAUGGCUUCUUCGGAUGUUGCUCGACAGCCGGAUCAAGGCGUCCGGCCCCUGGGCCUGGCAGGCCAUGUGGGCUUUGACAGCCUUCCAGAUCAGCUUGUUAACAAGUCCAUCUGCCAAGGCUUCUGCUUCAAUAUUCUCUGCAUUGGUGAAACUGGUAUUGGCAAGUCUACCCUGAUGGACACCCUGUUCAAUACCAACUUUGAGAACUUUGAGUCAUCCCACUUUGAGCCUCAAGUGAAGCUGCGGGCUCAAACCUACGACCUACAGGAGAGUAACGUCCGACUACGCCUUACCGUGGUCAACACUGUGGGUUUCGGAGACCAAAUGAACAAGCAAGAGAGCUAUCAGCCAGUGGUGGACUACAUCGACCGGCAGUUUGAGAGUUUUCUACAGGAAGAGCUCAAAAUCAAACGCUCUCUUCACAACUACCACGACUCGCGAGUCCACGCCUGCCUUUACUUCAUCUCCCCCUCGGGUCAUUCACUCAAAUCCCUGGACCUGGUCACAAUGAAGAAACUAGACAGCAAGGUGAACAUCAUCCCAGUGAUCGCUAAAGCUGACACCAUCAGUAAGAGCGAGCUGCACAAGUUCAAGAUUAAAAUCAUGAGUGAGCUGGUCAGCAACGGCGUCCAGAUUUACCAGUUCCCCCUCGAUGAUGAGACCGUCGCUAAGGUCAACACUACUAUGAAUGGUCAUUUGCCGUUUGCUGUAGUAGGCAGCACAGAGGAAGUCAGCGUUGGCAAUAAGAUGGUGAAGGCUCGUCAGUAUCCCUGGGGUGUAGUACAAGUGGAGAACGAGAGUCAUUGUGACUUUGUGAAGUUGAGGGAGAUGCUGAUCUGUGUCAACAUGGAGGACCUGAGAGAGCAGACGCACAGUCGCCACUAUGAGCUGUACAGACGCUGCAAACUGGAGGAAAUGGGAUUCAAAGACACGGACCCAGAGUGCAAACCCGUCAGCUUGCAGCAGACUUAUGAGGCCAAGCGUCAGGAGUUCCUGGUGGAGCUGCAGAAGAGAGAGGACGAGAUGAGGCAGAUGUUUGUGCAGAGGGUGAAGGAGAAGGAGUCUGAGCUGAAGGAGGCUGAGAGAGAGCUGCAAGGUCGUUUUGAGCAGCUGAAGCGCCUCCAUGCAGAUGAGAAAGCAAAUCUGGAGGAAAAGAAGAGACACCUGGACGAGGACCAGAGUUCCUUCGGCAAGAGACGAGCUGCCGCCCAGCUCCUGCAGGCCCAGAGCCUCACCGCCAACGGCAAGAAGGACAAGGACCGCAAGAAUUCUGGCUUCAUGUGAAGACAUUGGGAUUUGAAGGACACUCCAGUAUGACCAGUAUAACCAGUGACAUUCUGGCCACAUCCUUUCCAGCCCUUUGUGGCCAGUUUCAAACACUAACCAGGAAAACCCCCACACAAACCAGCAGUGUGUGUGAGUGUUAGUUUGCCAAAGUUUAAUGACUGUACCCAUGAAUCCUGUGUACACUUUCCUCAAUGGUAUUUUUAAUCUUCUUUGUGGGUUUUAUACCUCCUGUGUAAUAUUUGAUAUUUAUCCUUUCUUUUUUUUUUAUAUAAAACCUUUUUUAUUUUCCAUGUACCUCCCUCUUUUUUAACUUCUGCCCAGACUGAGGGACACCUCAGUGUAUUGAUCCUCUCACAGACUCCUCACUAGAUGCUGUACAUUGAUCAAAGGCAUUGGAUACAUACCAACACUAUAUUGAAAGGGACUUCUUCACUUACAUUUAAUCUGUCUGCUAUAUCUUAAGUGUAUAAUGAGAACACACUUAAUAUGUUGUAAUGCAGUCUUAUGACUUUGUAUAUGAGAAAAAAACAUCUUUAACAUGCUUGUAAUUUAUUAUAAAGCCCCUUUCAGACAUGCUCUUCAUGAGGAGAUUUACAUUUUGGCUUCAAAGUCUGAAUAAAUGCCACGGUCUCUUUUUCAUAAGAGGCGAGCAGGUCAUUAAUAAAGCCUCAGAGAUAAACUUGAUUAUUUUUUCAACUCACAGCUCUUCUGAAUGAAUAUAGUGUGAGCAUUGCAGCUCUGCGUAAUAGUCCUGUCAUGUUUAAAUGGAGCCCUUACAGAAUAAUUAUUCCACGGAGACCUGUGAUAUGUAGCUAAAUCCAGCAAUGUAACAGAAUCCAUGUCUGAAAAGGGCUUAAGUGAUCAUUUCUGAAAGCUGAUCUAGAGCAUUCAUUGUCAAGAGUUGUCAUAAAUAUGGUCACAGGGCAUUAUAAUUCCUUCCUUUUGAUUUGUUCUUCUCACACCUCCUUGUUGCUAUACACUUUAACUAUGAGCACACCAGCAUUACACAAACCUGCAGGAGCCACACUGAUUCUCCUGUUGCUGUUUCAAAGGGACUUCUCUUGUCCAAUCCCAGUUUUACAGUUUUCUACUAGGGUGAGGCUAAGGCUUGGUUUUGGAUUAGGUACAUGUUACCGCAUAUAUUUAUAUAUAUUGUGUUUUUAUUGGCUCCCUUAUUUUUCUUACUGACACAAACCGUUGAAGUUUGCUAUGCAGUCUGUCUGAAAAGAGCUGACUCGUGGGGAAAAAAAUGCAUCAUGUCGAGUCAGUGUUUGUUGAGGGAGAAUGGGAAGAGAGGGAAGAUGCAUUUGUGACUAUAUUUUUUCAUCAUUUCUUUAUUCACUUCUGUCUGGAAUCAUGAUGAGACAGAGUUUCACACCUCGAAGCAUUUUACAAUAUAGAGUAAACAGUAAAGUGUGAUUUUAUAAAGCAACAUUCACUCACAAACAUUGCCACUUUAUAUUUUACACUUGUGCUUAAUAUGUGUCAGUGCCUUAUCUGUGUGAAACUUACUUACGAAAUACACUAUCCACCUAACUUGUACAUCCAGGGAAACACACCGAUGCAUAAUGGAGUAAAGCUUGUCUAUGACACAUUUGUACUACACUUGUAUUUAAGGAAUGAACAGUGUUAUUUGGGAGCUUUUUUCCUUCUUUCUAAAUAAAUCUUUGUAUUUUUGUCAUGAUA